AUGGCAGCUUCCCUUGCAUGCCGCCCUCUUGUCUUUUUCACAUUUGGUAAAAAAUUGUUUGCACAAGAAUUGGAAGAAACUGUAAAAUUGUUGCAAGCAGAAGGGUUCACUAUUGGCAAGCUUUACCGGUUAAUCAUUAAAUAUUGUAAAUUUGGAAUUGCUCGGCCAAAAAGUCUUUUUGGAUGGAUAAAGGAGAAUUAUCGAGAUUUUGUAUAAUUUAUUUUGAUGAUUAAUUUAUUUUUAAAGAGGUUUAUUACUUUUAUUUUUCGUUUUAGGAUUUUUAGAGAUAAAGGUUAAAAUAUACCAUCAAUCUAAAUCUGUGCCCAAAUUUUAUUUUCGGGUAGUAUUAGAUGCCAAAAAAGCUGUGUUUUUAUUUUCAGGCCUAGAUAAGCCAUGGCUUCGGUCCAUUUAACUCUAUAAUUGUAAUAGCACCUAAUGGUAGGCGAACUCUUAAUAAGAAAAGCAGG